GUAGUCACAAAUGUUCUCCUUCACCAAUAUUCUCAAUCCUUCUCCACACUUUCCCUCGUCCUCUUACAACCCUUUUUCUCCUCCUGCUUUUACUGACCACGACCCUCAUGACGACGACGUUUUCCUUCACCAACACCACCAGUACUUCGACCCGCUAAGUGCUCCAUCUCCUGAAAAUGUAAUCAAUUUUGGAGUUUCAAAAAACCCUACUAUGAUCACCAGGCAAAAUAAUGGAGACCCACUCAAUGGCGCUUCCGAUUUUCUGGCGAAGAUACCUGUGAAGAAAGAUAGGCACAGCAAGAUUUACACGUCUCAGGGGUUGAGAGACCGAAGGGUGAGGCUUUCCAUUGACAUAGCCCGCAAGUUCUUUGAUCUCCAGGACUUGCUAGGGUUUGACAAAGCUAGCACAACCUUAGACUGGCUGCUCACCAAGUCUAGAAAAGAGAUCGAAGAAGUCGCGCAAAUGAAGCAGGGUUUUUCAUCCACUUCCGAGUGUGAUGUGUUUUCGGAAGAGAUAGUUUCAAAGAGCAAUUCAUUUGCAAGUGUUGUUCCCAAAGAGAAAAAGAUGAAAAUGCUGAAUGAAGAUCAUCUUCUUGCGAAAGAAUCGAGGGCAAAGGCAAGAGCAAGAGCAAGGGAAAGAGCAAGAGAAAGAAUAUUGAAUACCGGAAGGCCGCCAAGUCAGCUUCAAGUUUGUGAAAGAUCCUCUAAGGUGGCGGCGGCGGCGGCGGAGGAGGAAAUUGAACCUGCCAACUUUAUUGAGGAAUCUAUUGUGAUCAGAAGAAAGUUGAAGCCAUCUCCAGGGAGAUUGGAUUAUCAGCCAAACCUGGUGAUAUCGAAAGAUCCAACCUCCAACACUCAGAACAGCAACUACUUUCCCAAUUUUCCUCUAAAUUGGGACAUUACUAGCGCCAUUGCACGCUAGCUAGCCCCAGCUUUUGUGCCAUUCCCAACAUGAAUCUUUCUAAAGAAGUACUUCAAAUCUGAGGGAAACGGUUAGAAGGCAGCUUCAAUCAACUUUUGCACUAAGAUGGUGUCCAAGGCUCUACGCAUUUAGCUAUGUAAGCUGUAUUUGUUUCUUCAAGUUGAUUUUAUCAGAAAAUGGGUGUACGUACCCUAGGAAUUAA